CCGCUCUGCCGCUGGCCGACACGGGCCCUCGGCUGUCCGCCGCGCAGCGCAGGGGCCCUCAGCAUGAGCCCCCGGCCGCCGCCCCUCUCCUGCGACACCUUCGUGGCGCUGCCGCCCGCCGCGCCCGGGGGCCGCGUGGUGUUCGGGAAGAACUCGGACCGGCCGGCAGAUGAGGUGCAGGAGGUCGUGCACUUCCCGGCCGCCGCGCACCCGCCCGGCGCCGCGCUGGAGUGCACCUACAUCAGCAUCGAGCAGGUGGAGAGGACCCACGCCGUGGUCCUGAGCCGCCCCUCCUGGCUCUGGGGGGCCGAGAUGGGCGCCAACGAGCACGGCGUGUGCAUCGGCAACGAGGCCGUGUGGGGCAGGGAAGAGGUCUGCGGUGGAGAAGCUCUCCUCGGCAUGGACCUCGUAAGGCUUGGACUUGAGAGAGCAGACACAGCUGAAAAGGCUCUUAGUGUCAUAGUUGAUUUGCUGGAAAAAUAUGGACAGGGAGGAAACUGUAUGGAGAGCAACAUGGCAUUUACAUACCACAACAGUUUUCUGAUAGCCGACAGAAAGGAAGCGUGGGUGCUGGAGACAUCAGGAAAAUACUGGGCAGCAGAAAAAGUAGAAGGAGGCGUACGGAAUAUUUCCAACCAGCUCUCUAUCACAACCAAGAUUGACAGAGAACACCCAGAACUGAAGGAAUAUGCCAAAAGCAAUGGCUGGUGGGAUGGGGAAAAGGAAUUUGAUUUUGCUGCCACAUAUUCUUAUGUCAAUACUGCCAGAAUGACCACAUCUGGAGGCCGAUACUGUGAAGGCUAUAAACUUCUGAACAAACACAAAGGAUCCAUCACUUCUGGAAUAAUGAUGGAAAUUCUUCGUGACAAAGAGAGUGGCAUUAACAUGGAAGGUGGAUUUAUGACAACUGGCAGCAUGGUGUCUGUACUGCCUCAGCAGCCUAAUAUGCCCUGUAUUCACUUCUUUACUGGAACUCCAGAUCCUGCCAGAUCUGUAUUCAAGCCUUUCAUUUUUGUGCCCGGUAUUACUCCGUUAUUAAAAACUACGUCCCCUACAUUUGGUCACGAUGAUCCAGUAAAAAAGCAACCGCGUUUUCAGAGUAAGCCAGAUCGGAGACAUGAGCUCUAUAAAAAACAUGAAAGUGCUGCUGUAGUUAUGGAAACUAGCAAGGACAAAGGUAAAGAAAUACUCAAAGAGAUACAGGAGUUGGAGAAACAGAAGAUAAGUCAAAUGGAAUCAAUCCUGCAAAAUGGAUGCCUUGAUACUAAACAAGUAGUUAAUCUUUUUCCACAGUGUGUAGAAGAAGAACUCAAAAUAUAUGGCUAAGAAUAUUAUUUGAAUGUGGUAAAAUUUGGAUAAUUGGGUUUUCUAAUGAAGUGGCUAUAUAGAUUAACAUCCUGUUUUCUGUGUAUCACAUAGCAUGGACAGUUUUAAAGAUGCAGAUUCAUAUUCAGGACAAAUGGCUUUUGAUUAUAAGAAGAAUGCUGGAAAGGCUCCUAAGAGCUAGGCAGUGGCAUUGUACAUGGCACAAAGCUGUCAGCAGAGAUUGAUUUUGCCAAUAAACAGAUGCAAUUAGAAUGCAAUAGCUUGACUAAAUUAGUGAACAGCCCCCUCUCUGAAUAAAGAACACUAACCCAGCUCUGGAGAACGCAGUUCUAGCGUACACACACAUAGCUUUUAUAGUUAGGAGAAUUGUAGCAGAAUUUCAGACUACCUGAAUUAAAAUGGCCAUGCUGAAGACUUUCUAAAAUGUAGAAGCUAUGAUGAACCCUGAAGAAAAAAGAAAGUAACACACAAACCAAGUAAAAUUGAUACUCAGUCGUUUGGUAAAACCAUUUUAAGAUACGUUUCAUAUACGGACCUUCUACUGCUUCAAUGUAAAAUAAGGCUAAGGGUUCAAGGUAUAUUAAAAACAAAUCACAGUUACAAUAAUAAUAUUUUGCUCUGAGUGAUUGUGAAAUCUUAUUACAGGGAAUUCAGCAGUGCAAGCAUCCUGUAAGUUCCCCACAGAUUUCACUUUCCUGUCUAUUUUUCCCACCCUGAUAGUGAAAAAUAAACUUAUUUAUAUACAAGA